GCAGUUUAUUAGUUCAAAAAGAUCUUACAGGAGGAUUGCUUUCCAAGCUCUGUUUUUUCUGUGUAAAAAAUUUAGAAAAUAAAGCAAGGAAAAUGUCCUCUCUUGACCCAUUUAACGAUGAUUUCCGUUUCCCCAUGGACUCACCACUGGCAGAACCCAUGGAGGCCAAGGAGGACCUUCGAGCCAACGCCUUCGAGGAGUUUGUUGAAAAGCCAAGCGAAUUUUCAAGCUCGACAGAGGAUAAUAUCAUAGGAUUUGACGACUUCUUUGACACACUGGAUCUGCCGCCGGUAUUGAAACUCACUGAGGGUCCGCCCGAGAGCACCAAAGCCCAGGAGCAGGUGAAGCACAUACAGCAUCCGCCGGCAGAGAUGAAUGUCAACCAGCAUGAGUUGGGGAAGAUUCAGCAGGAGACGAAGGCCCACUUGAAGGAGGCCAAUCCGCCGCAACCCAUGGGCAUGAACCUGCUGGGUUGUCCCUUUGUCCUGAAGCUCUACCUGGCCGCCAGCAGCGACGCCAUACCCAUGCUCAACUGGUCGCCAAGUGGCCGCCAGCUGGUGGUGGACUAUCAGGCUCUGCAGGAUCAUCUAACUGCCGGCAGUCAGAUUUUCCGCUGCCGAAGCGUUAAGCAAUUUACGGAAAAGCUGACCACCGAAGGCUUCGCGAGGGUCGAUAAGGAGGAGACAGAUCCAGCUGAGAAGAGUGACCCAUCAGAUGACAUGGAGACCAUGCUCCUCUACUACACGCAACCCGAGUUCGUCAGGGGCAAGCUAGACGCUUUGAAGACCUUUAUGGAAGACAGUCUCCUGAUGGAAAAGUAUUACCCAAUGGGUGCCCAGAAUGGCCAAUCAGCUGAGGAUGCUGAGGACGAAAAGGAGCUAGAGUUCCUUGUGCCGCUACACAUGCCCUCGAAGAGCCACCUCGAGCGGAUGCAACAGCGCGGCGACAAGUGCUGCUCCAUCAUCUCCGUUCGCUCGUCCAUCCAGGCGGAACGCACCCGAUUUCGCACUCUGCUGGAUCACUUGGCCACCACCCAGGUGCUCCAGGCCAGCGCCCAUCUCUGCAAGAAUCCAGCAAUGAAGAAAAGCCGUCCCUGGGACUGUCCCACCUUCACCAGUUCCUCGAUCAAGUUUGUGCGGCCCCACGACUCUGUCAUCACCCUGGAUGCCAACAAGCCGCCGCCGGAAUAUGCUGGCUACUAUGGCCAGGUGUCUCCCUCGAUGGUCAACCAGUUCUUCGGGGACUUUAUGCCGCGUUAUGGCAACAAGACCACCGGCUACAAGGAUAUUGUCCUGGAGACCACCCACAAGGCCAGCAAUUUCCAGCAGAACCUUCCCAUUGGCCUGGCCUAUUCCGAUGGCGAGGACAAUGAUCCUGACGAUUUUCCGCCACCCGCCUCCCCCGCUGGCCAGGACUCUGACAUGGACUCUAUGCCCUCCACAUCGGCAGCGGCGGCUUUAAGAUCUUCGGCGGGCCGCAAAAAGGGAGAAGACUCGCUGGACGACCAGGAGCUGGAGGAGGCCAUGCAGGAGCUGUGUGGCGGAUCAUCGGCGCUCAAGGAGAAUGCCUCCUCAAGCAGCCGUGGAAAGGCCAAGGGCCCACAGCAGCCCAAGGCUGGGUCCCGUGGACGUCGCGCCAAAAGCUUCGAGUCCAGUUCCAGCGAAAGCGAGGCUGAAGUCAGUCGGAAGGCAAAGAAAGCCAAGAGGGAAACUGUCAAGGAUGCAAGAAAGACAUUGAAUACUAAACAAGAGGAAGCCAUCGACAAUGAUGAAAAGGUUCUGGCCAAAAACCGAGGGCAAUCCAAGGCCAAGACUCCAAAAGCCACAUCCCGAAAGCGGCUUACCAGUCCCAACAAAAGGGAGGCAGGUUCCCCUAAAAAGAGAGCAAAGAAAGGUGCCCAGGAAUCUAGGAAAGCCAAGAAGGAACUGGAGCAACUGCAGCAAUUGGAGGAAGUGGUGAAGGUAGAAUUGCUGGCGAAGAAGAAACCCGGGCAUAACAAGAAGGAACUAAGUGAAGCUGCUGAGAAAACUAGUGAAAUCGAGGAGGCUCCACAGGACGAGGUGGACAAGCUCGAAGGGGAAGAGUAUCUAGAUGAAGAAAUCUUAGAAGAAAACGAACAGCCAGAAGACGAGGACCUUGUAGAAGAGCUUCCAGAAGAUGACGAGCCAGCCGAUGAUGAGCCACCAGAAGAAGAUGAGCAACCCGAAGAGAAUCUAAAUACCGUAGAGACUCAGGAAGCCGAAAUGGGCGAGGACAUUGAAGAAGACUUGGACACCGAAGAGGACUUGGAAGACGAGGAAGACGGGGAAGACGAGGAAGACGAGGAAGAUGAGGAAGACGGGGAAGAUGAGGAAGAAGAGGAUGCUGAGGACAACGAAGAGGACGAUGAUGAUGACGAUUACAGCGUUCAGUACCGGCCUUCAGCACCGGAAGCAGAAAAGCCACGACGCUAUCAUCUGCGCAACUCCAAAGGAAAGUCAAACUAAAAUCAAGGCUUAAUAUUUUUUUUUAAUAAUUUGAACUACGUCUAAACCUAAAGAAAGACGGAGAGGAAGUUCCAAGGGUUUCCCUCAAUUAAAUAUUAAUUUUAAUACAA